GCUCGUCGUCGUCACCCAACUCUGCCCGUUUGGAUGAGUUCAACUGCGUGGUAAUAAGUAGCACAGUUCUGACCAGUGAUCAGGUCCUGUUAGCCGAGUUCAUCCUGUUGUUGGAGUAUCAACAGAAUACAGAGAGCUCAAAGUGGCAGGAACCAGUGAUCAGGUCCUGUUGGCCGAAUUCUCCCUGUUGUUGGAGUAUGAAUACAUGGAGAGCUCAAAGUGGUAGGAACUGUGUUUGCGACAGAACAUCAGACAUAUUGGCUACAAGAGCAUUUUCCAACUGGACAAAUCUGAGAAGAACUGUAGCAGAAGACAAUGAUUAGCAGACACCUUUUUCAAAACUUUAUUCAAUUAAAUCAACCUCUACUGAGGAAGGUUGCGUUCAAAAGUACUAUAUUUGCUGUUGCUACACCACCUCGAAAAUCUGGAGUUGCAGUUAUUAGGAUAUCAGGUGAUCGAUGUGCAUACAUCUUGGAGAAAGUUGCAAUGUUCAUGAUCCUUCCACAACCACGUCUUGUGAAAUUACGUAGAUUUUACCAUCCAGCCACAGGUGAAAUGCUUGACAAAGGAAUGGUUGUAUGGUUCAAAGGACCUCAAAGCUUCACUGGGGAGGAUUGUUGUGAGCUUCACAUACAUGGAAGCGCUGCCGUAGCAACAGCUAUGAUGUCAGCACUCGGCACAAUUCAUCAAUGCAGACAAGCAGAACCAGGCGAAUUCACGAAAAGGGCAUUCCACAAUGGUAAGCUAGACCUGACUGAGGUGGAGGGCCUGGGGGAGCUGAUACAUGCAGAGACAGAGGCCCAGAGGAAGCAAGCUUUGAGGCAACUCGAGGGACAGCUCAGCCAGCUCUACCAGUCGUGGAGAACUAGACUCAUUAAGUGUGCUGCCAAUAUUGAAGCAUUCAUCGACUUCUCUGAGAAUGACACGCUCGAAGAUAAUUUGUUGGAAGAUGUGGAAAAAGAGGUGACACUUUUGACUCAAGAUAUACAGCAACACUUGGCAGAUGGGAGACAUGGUGACAGGCUCAGAGAUGGAGUGAGAGUUGCGAUUGUUGGAGAGCCAAAUGUUGGGAAAAGUAGUCUGUUGAAUGCAAUGUGCAGACGGCCUGCAGCCAUUGUUUCCUCAAUAGAGGGCACCACUAGAGACAUUAUAGAAACACAUCUGAAUAUAGGUGGCUAUCCAGUCUUACUAAGUGACACAGCGGGACUGCGUAAGACCAAUAAUGUGCUUGAGCUUGAAGGAAUAAGGCGUGCAAUUGAAAGGGCAGAGAAUGCUGAUAUUAUUUUAGUGGUGCUAGAAGCUCGUAAGAUAGCAGAACUAGCUGAAUUAGAACCCCAGUUCAAUCUAAACACUUACCUAAUGGAGCAUAUCACCUCACUUGGACUCACCAUUAACAGAACAGACUCAGUUCAAGAACCAGUGAUUGCAGCUGUUCUGAAUAAAAUUGACCUGAUAGGGGAUAGUUCACUGAGUGCAAUAAUCAGUCAGUGUCGCAAAGAGUCUGACAAAAUGUUGAGUGUGACUGGAAAGUUGUCACACACGAGAGAUGAUAGUGCCAAAUGUGACACAAGGGAGCAGAAUGCCAAAUAUGACAUCAGGGAGCAAAGCGCCAAAGAUGAAACUAGUGAUUAUAGUGCCAAUCUGAAAUAUGACACAAGGCAACAUAAAUCAGAUGAAUAUACAGUGGAAUAUAAUACUGAGCAAAAUGAAACAAUAUUUCACUCAGAAAAUAUAUCACCUGAGAUAACAAACUCUAGUGUCCCCAACACUGAACAAUUAUUUAUCAAUAAUAAAGAUAAAACAAAAAGGGACUGCCACACUAGAACGAGUACAGAUGAUGUAUAUGAGGAAAUACCUGUAGUAUGUACCUCAUGUGUCUCUGACACUGGAAUCAGUGAUCUUAUCUCAACUCUACAACAUCAUCUUGAACAAAUGUGCACUACAGGUGCCACAGAAAGCCAGGGAGUAUGUCAAGCCAGGCACAGGGAGCUCCUCACCGAGUGUCUAUACAGCUUGGAGAAAUUCACAUCCCUGGGGGGCCAGGACUAUGCUAUAGCAGCACAGAUGCUCAGGAACUCUCACCGGAAUCUUGGCAAAGUUAUUGGAACUGUUAGUACAGAUGAUAUACUUGAUGUUAUUUUUAGGGACUUUUGUAUUGGUAAAUGAUCAAAAUAUGUCUUGGAAAGAUAAAAGGGGGGAAGGGAAUGAAUAACCUAUUUUAUAUAAGAAAUCUACAGAGGAAUCCUCCAAUAAUGGUUAUUAAAAUAAUACAUAAACAGGCAAUUAACAUGCAAAAUGUCACAACCUACCAUUUGUUACAGAUGCCGACUGCCAAACAUCAUCCAUAAAAAGUUUGAGGCAAUAAUAAUAUGUCAUCU